AUGACACGUAAUCGCGUUAAGAGCGACGCCCUUCUGCUUGUGGUGCCCGCGUCCGUCUCCAAUGGCAACCAAAGAGAGGCUGGUGUGCAGAGGCUCAGCUGUCACUUCUCAUGGCCUGAGUUCUGGGAUGAGCGGCGGUGCUUCCAUCAGGAGUUUGUAUAUGAUGUCGCCAUGUUCGCCGCAGCCUGUGGCUUCCCCUGGCCUGAUGUGAUACGGGCAGCUGUCAUCGCCAAGGACCUCUUCCCACAGCUGGAUGAGACGUGCUUGUCUGAGUGUUUGCCAAGCCUUACAUCUGUCCACCGACACGAGCUCACCCAGUUCCUCAUGGACACGUGCAUCACCCGACGGAGGCUUUUCCAGGCUGUGGUGGGUGGAGCUGUGAACAUGUCCGUCACUCAGCUGCACUUGGACGUGCAGUUGCCACCUACACCGUGUCCUCUAGCGCAGGGUUCAGAUAUACACGAGUGGGAGCAUCGGCGUCAUCAAGCUGAGCUCACCUCAAAGUUGCUUGAGAAGGAGAGGCAGCUGAAGGUGCUUCGAGAAGGGCCAAGGUUCACUCUCGGGGAGGUGGAUGCUCCUGAGGACGUGCAGCUGGACAAAGAGGGGGUUUUGGUUUUGGUUCGUGCUGCAGUGAAAGCUGCAGAAAACCAGAUGCUGGAAAGUCUGACCCAAGAGGCGUCCCUGCUCGGUGACAUCGUGCAGCUCAAGCUGCAGCGGGCAGCACUGGCCACUGGGAGGCUCCACAAUCCUGUUCCUGGCCCACAUCCAGACGCACCAGCAAAGACAAAACCACGCACAGCAAAAUCAAAAACAGGACUGAGGAAGUCUGGAAAUGCGGUGUGA